AAUCUGUGUUAGGUACCUCCCUACGCGCCGCGCAAUUAACUUUCUACCAAAGUAAUUUAAACAAACAGAACUCCGUUGCGUGCAAAAGUAAACGCCAAACAACUGUCUGAAUAGCUCUACGCUUAUAAACAAGUUAUAUUCCUCAACAUGUCGUCUAAGAAGCCAGAGGAUACCAAGAAACAGACGGGCAACAGCUCGGACGAACUGACCACAGUUGUUGAGGAACUAUUAAACUCCCUAUCAAGCAAGUUUGACGGUGUCUCGAGCGAAAUCUUCGCUAAAAUGGACGACAUGGCGCGCCGAUUGGACCACCUCGAAGCCUCACUCCAAGCUAACGACGAGAACGGCGCAAAUUCAUCACCUAGGACAUGAUAGGGGUAAAGGACAAUUAGAGGUUAUUCGGAGCAUCGCAUGGCGUUAGGGGAACG